GUGCUUGAAGAUUGCCUUAUGCAUGAAUGCCUUUCGAUUAUUCUCAAGCCAUUGAUAAAAGCUGCUGAGGUUGGGAUCAUGAUGUCUGAUCCUGUUGGAAAUGUUUGGCACUGCCUUACUCCUCUCGCAGCAUACAUCAUUGACACCCCAGAGGCAGCUAUGCUUGCCUGUGUAUGCGGGAAGACCUCCCCAUUUACCAUGGCUUCUUAUCUGCAGUUUGGUGACAGUUUUCAGCACCCCCCUCAUACCCACUCUAUCACACUUGACCAGCUUGCCAGCAUCACGGUCAAUCCCACUGACCUUGAGGCAUAUUUUGAUGCCUGCACUGAAUACCGGCUAAACGGCAUCUGCACACCAUUCUGGAUGGACUGGCCACUCACUGAUCCCUCAAUCUUCCUGAUGUCAGAAGCACUGCAUCAUUGGCACAAGGAGUUUUUUGACCACGACUGUCAGUGGUGUCUAGUAGCCAUUGGCACCUCAGAACUUGAUUUCUGGUUCUCGAUCCUACAGCCUGUCACAGGUUAUCACCACUUCACUGGCGGAAUCUCGAAACUCAAACAAGUCACAGGGAGAGGUCACUGUGAUAUCCAAUGCUACAUCAUUGGCCUGAUAUCCGGUGCAGCCCCUCAUCAUUUUGUCAUCGCAAUCCAUGCCCUUAUAAAUGUUCGAUAUUUGGCACAGAGCCCU